UUUCCUGACAUGAACCAACAGCUGUGGACCAAAACAGGAUUCCUCCAGGCUGAAAACUAGGGCAGUGCUCACAGGGCUCGUUCACACACGGGGCCAGGCUGUGGAAGCAGUAGCUGUCUGGGAGCUGGGAUUCAGAGAGACCACCAAGCCUGCCACAAGAAAGCGUCCAAACACUGGAGGACAAUGGAGGACAAGACGACAAAGGUGCGCAUAGCGUUCUUCAUCAUCCUGGUGGGGAUCGCCACCAUGUUCACAGCCGUGGUGACCGAUCACUGGGCCGUCCUGAGCCCCCGGGUGGAGAGGCUCAACACCACCUGUCAGGCGGCACAUUUCGGACUCUGGAGACUUUGUUUAAAAAGCAUCUACAUUCAGGAGCCAGACCCCAAAGGAAAGGGCUGUGGACCUAUAAGCCUUCCUGGAGAACAAAACUGCUCCUAUUUCAAGCACUUCACCUCUGGAGAAGAUGCACAAAUGUUUCAAGUUAAAACCCAAAAAGAGUACAACAUCUCGGCCGCGGCCAUCGCUAUCAUCAGCGUGGGAUUCAUGAUUCUGGGAACCAUCUGCACACUGGUGUCCUUCAAGAAGAGCCUGGACUACCUCCUGAAGCCAGCCGGCAUGUUCUUCACCUUCGCAGGUCUGUGCAUCAUCAUCUCGGUGGAGGUGAUACGUCAGUCUGUGAAGAGGAUGAUCGACAGCGACGAGACCAUCUGGAUCGAGUACUAUUACUCGUGGUCGUUCGCCUGCGCCUGCGCUGCCUUCGUCCUGCUCUUCCUCAGCGGGAUCGCCCUGCUGCUCAUCUCCAUGCCGCAGAUGCCCCAGAACCCCUGGGAGACGUGCAUGGACGCUGAGCCCGAGACGCAGGACUAACAGCAGAGCGGGAGGAGACAACCUGCAACCAGCUGUGUUUAAAAAGGAGGCAACAAAACACGACGUCUUCCUAAAAUAAAACAAUAAUAAUAAUACAACUUUAACAAUAAAGAAAUAAAAAUACAGCAAGCAAACUUCAACAAAAGCAAAAUGUAAAUUCGUUUAGUAAAAUCAGCUGUUUGAUAUUCAAAAAAGAUCAAGCUGCUUGUCAAGAAUGGCUCAAUUGCUUUUAUAAUUUAGAUCACCUUUUUCUAUCAUUAUAUAUAAAACACACACACAGACCAUAACUGGGCUGGAUCAUGACAUCAUCAGGCCACUCAGGGAGUGAAAUGCACAUCCAUCUCAUGAGUGUACAAGUCUGGUGCCCUCAACCCCACCCCAUUAACAAGCCCAAAUUAAUCAAAAACCUUGUCAAUCAUGUAUGUGCGUAUGCAUAUACUCGUUUAUUAUCUCCCCCCCCCCCCCCCCAUUGCAUAAUACCCGAGUCUCUGGAUUUUUUUUUUUAAGUAUUGCAGAUUAUAUAUAUAUAUAUAAUGUUGUAUUAUUAUUAUUACCAUAUCGAUUCAUGUAUUUUGGGAACGCUGUGGUCCAGGUGCCAGGUUGAAUGUCUUUCUCAGACAGUGAAGGCUUGUAGAGUGUGAAGUGUGUGCUGGGCAGCAUGCAGAGUCUGCAGGUGCAGAUGUUGGCAGACGAUUUGGAUACAAAUCCAUCUCUUUUUAAACCGUUGUUCUCUCUUUGUACAGGACACUAGCGGGCAUACACACUUGUUUUCUUUUCAAAAGCAUUACUUAAUGCGAAGCCAUUUUCACGCUAUUGAAUUCAGGCUUCCAAUGUGUAAAUGUUUUUAUUUUUUUUUAUUUUUUUUUUAAAGCACAUUCUUCGCAGCAUAAUGCCACAUGAUAAUAAUCUGUUGUUACGUCCAUCUGGUUUCCCUUUCUUCCACUAUUGAAAGGUAAUUCAGAACUACACUGAAGAAGCACAGUGUAUGAUUACGAGCCACGAUAAACACAUGUUCUGUACAGUAGUUACACACUGCUUUGUAAAAACAAGGGCUCACUGGCAUCUGUGAAUGCGAGGACAGCCGUUUCUAACAGUUUCUCCACUGUUUCCAGUGCCUGGAUUAAAAUGCAUGGCUCAGUGAAGCAGUCUGUAGUUCUCUGUGGCUGUAACCAAAACACUGUACAAGAAAUAACCAAUUACUGUGUAUUUACAUAGUAGUUACAUGGCAAAUACACAUGUACUUACAGUUAGAAUGCGAUUAUGCAGUUACAAUGUACUUCACGUAAAUCUUUUUGCACGAUAUAUGCAAGUACAGAAAUGCAUCUGAAAAGCCUUAUGCUUAAGGCUGGGGCGGUUAUAUUGAGCAAAAAGAUUUAUACAUUAAAGUAAAUAAUAAACUAUGCAUAACAUUGUAACUGUGUAAGUACAAAGUACUUACUAUGUAAAUACAUAGUAAUGGGAGACACAAUGUCGUGUUGCCAGAACAGAAUAGGGCUGCAGCAAGCUAAACGACUCAAUAAAUCAAAAGAUACUGUAUAUACCGAGAGGUACACAGGAUAUACUCUGCUUGGUUUGUCAGCUGCAUUUCUGCAAUUGAUUGGCAUGCAAUACUGGACACUGGCCUAUUUAUGUCUUGUGUAAAACGUUACUUAAAACCUGUUGAUACUGUAUGUGUAAUAUAUAUAUAUCUGUGCUUUCAAACGUCUUUUUAAUGAAAAUAAACACAUUUUAGCGUACUUGG